GUGUCCACACUUAGCUGCUUCCCCACCACCACCGCACCUUCCCCAGGCACUGGAACCGCAGGUGGCUGCCUGUCCCUAGCUGCGGCCGAGCUGAGGCUGCACCUGUGAGAAGGCCCGACAGGCAGGAUGGGCGACAUGGCCAACAGUUCCAUCGAGUUCCACCCCAAGCCCCAGCAGCAGCGGGAGGCCCCCCAUGCGGGUGGCUUUGGGUGCACGCUGGCUGAGCUGCGCUCCCUCAUGGAGCUGCGAGGGGCCGAGGCGCUGCAGAAGAUCCAGGAAGCCUACGGGGAUGUUGACGGGCUCUGCAGGCGGCUGAAGACCUCACCCACGGAGGGCCUGGCGGACAGCACCAAUGACUUGGAGAAGCGCAGGCAGAUCUAUGGGCAGAACUUCAUCCCUCCCAAGCAGCCCAAGACCUUCCUUCAGUUGGUGUGGGAGGCCCUGCAGGACGUGACCCUCAUCAUCCUGGAAGUGGCCGCCAUUGUCUCCCUGGGCCUGUCGUUCUAUGCACCGCCCGGGGAGGAGAGUGAAGCCUGCGGGAAUGUGUCAGGUGGCGCAGAAGACGAGGGCGAGGCUGAGGCUGGCUGGAUUGAAGGCGCUGCCAUCCUGCUGUCUGUCAUUUGUGUGGUGCUGGUCACGGCCUUCAACGACUGGAGCAAGGAGAAGCAGUUCCGAGGCCUACAGAGCCGAAUUGAACAGGAGCAGAAGUUCACGGUCAUCCGGAACGGGCAGCUCCUCCAGGUCCCUGUGGCCGCACUGGUGGUAGGGGACAUUGCCCAGGUCAAGUACGGAGACCUGCUGCCUGCUGACGGCGUGCUCAUCCAGGGCAAUGACCUCAAGCUGGAUGAGAGCUCCCUGACUGGGGAGUCGGACCACGUGCGCAAGUCCGCCGACAAGGACCCCAUGCUGCUCUCAGGCACUCAUGUUAUGGAGGGUUCUGGAAGGAUGGUGGUGACGGCCGUCGGUGUGAACUCCCAGACAGGCAUCAUCUUUACCUUGCUUGGAACUGGUGGAGAAGAGGAGGAGAAGAAGGAUAAGAAAGGCAAGCAGCAGGAUGGGGCGAUGGAGAGUAGCCAGACCAAAGCUAAGAAGCAGGAUGGGGCAGUUGCCAUGGAAAUGCAGCCCCUGAAGAGUGCGGAGGGCGGGGAGAUGGAGGAGCGGGAGAAGAAAAAAGCCAACGUGCCCAAGAAGGAGAAGUCUGUCCUUCAGGGGAAGCUCACAAAACUGGCCGUGCAGAUUGGGAAAGCAGGGCUGGUGAUGUCUGCCAUCACCGUCAUCAUCCUGGUCCUCUACUUUGUCAUUGAGACCUUUGUCGUGGACGGCCGGGCAUGGCUGGCAGAGUGCACACCCGUCUACGUGCAGUACUUUGUGAAGUUCUUCAUCAUUGGUGUCACUGUGCUGGUUGUGGCUGUCCCAGAGGGCCUGCCUCUUGCUGUCACCAUCUCCUUAGCUUACUCUGUCAAGAAAAUGAUGAAGGACAACAACUUGGUACGCCACCUAGAUGCCUGCGAGACCAUGGGCAACGCCACGGCCAUCUGCUCGGAUAAGACGGGCACACUCACCACGAACCGUAUGACCGUUGUCCAGUCCUACCUAGGGGACACCCACUACAAAGAGAUUCCAGCCCCCAACGCCCUGACCCCCAAGAUCCUCGACCUCCUGGUCCACGCCAUCUCCAUCAACAGUGCCUACACCACCAAAAUACUACCUCCGGAGAAGGAAGGCGCUCUCCCACGCCAAGUGGGCAAUAAGACGGAGUGCGCUCUGCUGGGCUUCGUCUUGGACCUGAAGCAGGACUUCCAGCCUGUGCGCGAGCAGAUUCCGGAAGACAAACUCUACAAAGUGUACACCUUCAACUCUGUCCGCAAGUCCAUGAGCACAGCCAUCCGCAUGCCCGACGGCGGCUUCCGCCUCUUCAGCAAGGGGGCCUCAGAGAUCCUGCUCAAAAAGUGCACCAACAUCUUAAACAGCAAUGGUGAACUCCGAGGCUUUCGUCCUCGGGACCGGGAUGACAUGGUGAAGAAGAUCAUUGAGCCGAUGGCCUGUGAUGGCCUCCGCACCAUCUGCAUCGCCUACCGGGACUUCUCUGCAGGCCAGGAGCCUGACUGGGAUGACGAGAAUGAGGUCGUGGGCGAUCUUACCUGCAUAGCUGUCGUGGGCAUUGAGGACCCCGUGCGGCCGGAGGUCCCUGAAGCUAUCCACAAAUGCCAGCGUGCUGGCAUCACGGUCCGCAUGGUGACUGGGGACAACAUCAACACGGCGAGGGCUAUUGCGGCCAAGUGCGGCAUCAUCCAGCCCGGAGAGGACUUCCUGUGCCUGGAGGGGAAGGAGUUCAACCGGCGGAUCCGCAACGAGAAAGGCGAGAUAGAGCAGGAGCGGCUGGACAAGGUGUGGCCCAAGCUGAGGGUGCUCGCCCGCUCGUCUCCCACCGACAAGCACACUCUGGUCAAAGGGAUUAUCGACAGCACCACUGGCGAGCAGCGGCAGGUGGUGGCUGUGACUGGGGAUGGCACCAAUGAUGGGCCGGCACUCAAGAAGGCGGACGUGGGCUUCGCCAUGGGCAUUGCAGGGACUGACGUGGCCAAGGAGGCCUCUGACAUCAUCCUGACUGAUGACAACUUCACCAGCAUUGUCAAGGCGGUUAUGUGGGGCCGCAACGUCUAUGACAGCAUCUCUAAGUUCCUGCAGUUCCAGCUGACAGUCAACGUGGUGGCCGUGAUCGUGGCCUUCACAGGAGCCUGCAUUACUCAGGACUCUCCUCUUAAAGCUGUGCAGAUGUUGUGGGUGAACUUGAUCAUGGACACAUUUGCCUCCCUGGCCCUGGCGACAGAGCCGCCCACCGAGUCGCUGCUGCUGCGGAAGCCCUAUGGCCGGGACAAGCCCCUCAUCUCUCGCACCAUGAUGAAGAACAUCCUGGGCCACGCCGUCUACCAGCUCACCAUCAUCUUCACGCUGCUCUUCGUCGGGGAGCUCUUCUUUGACAUUGACAGCGGGAGGAACGCGCCCCUGCACUCGCCGCCCUCGGAGCACUACACCAUCAUCUUCAACACCUUCGUCAUGAUGCAGCUCUUCAACGAGAUCAACGCCCGCAAGAUCCAUGGCGAGAGGAAUGUGUUCGACGGCAUCUUCAGCAACCCCAUCUUCUGCACCAUCGUCCUGGGCACCUUUGGAAUCCAGAUUGUCAUCGUCCAGUUCGGCGGGAAGCCCUUCAGCUGCUCCCCCCUAUCCACAGAACAGUGGCUCUGGUGCCUGUUUGUUGGUGUUGGGGAGCUGGUCUGGGGACAGGUCAUCGCCACCAUCCCCACCAGCCAGCUCAAAUGCCUGAAGGAAGCGGGGCACGGGCCCGGGAAGGACGAGAUGACCGACGAGGAGCUGGCCGAGGGGGAGGAAGAGAUUGACCACGCCGAGCGCGAGCUCCGCCGGGGCCAGAUCCUCUGGUUCCGGGGCCUCAACAGGAUUCAGACGCAGAUGGAGGUAGUGAGUACCUUCAAGAGAAGCGGUUCAUUUCAGGGUGCUGUGCGCCGGCGGUCGUCAGUCCUCAGCCAGCUCCAUGACGUAACCAAUCUUUCUACCCCCACUCACGCGCUUCUCUCCGCCGCCAAUCCCGCCGGCGCUGCUGGGAAUCCGGGUGGUGAAAGCAUUCCGUAGCUCGCUCUAUGAAGGCCUGGAGAAACCGGAGUCCAAGACCUCCAUUCAUAACUUCAUGGCAACGCCCGAGUUUCUGAUCAAUGACUACACCCACAACAUCCCGCUCAUCGAUGACACGGAUGUGGAUGAGAACGAGGAACGCCUGCGGGCCCCCCCGACCCCAUCCCCCAACCAGAACAACAAUGCCAUAGACAGUGGCAUCUACCUGACCACGCAUGUCACCAAGUCAGCUACCUCUUCAGCAUUCUCUUCCAGUCCUGGGAGCCCACUCCACAGCAUGGAGACGUCCCUCUAACCAGAACUCAUCUCGGCACACGCACACACGCACACUCGGGCUCACAUGCAGUCUCACACACACACACAGAGGGACCCACACACCUGCAAAUGAGGGGGACAACUAUGGUGGCUGAAGACUUGUCUUGCGGGGAAUUUGCAAGAAGCCAAACCCAUUCAAUAAGCGUGCAGCCUGCCACAGGCUUUGCAUCGGGGACGAGGGUGGGGGCAGAGGAAGAAAAGGAGGAGGAGAGGGAAGUUCUUCAUCCGAAGG